GCCGCUCCGGGCCGUCCUGGGUGCAGCCUCAUGGCUGGGGGCAUCACCUAUGCUGACCUGCGGUUUGCAAGGGGCCCCCCGGAGAGAAGCCCGGGGGAAGAGCCCAACGAGGGGGAGCUCACCUAUGAGAACCUCCAGGUAUCCCGGGGCCUGGAGAAAGAGGGGGCACAGUGUGGCCCCCAGAAGAGUGUCCCAGAGCUGCCGUGCUGGGCCACCUCUUGCCGCUGCUGGAGGCCAGUGACAAACCGCCCAAUGCUGGGAGUCCUGGCUCUUUGCCUCUUCCUUCUGGCCACCAACAUUGCGCUCGGCGUGGAGUACUUGCAGGCCUCCCGGCAGCUCCAGGAAGCGUCUGGCGAGCACGCAGCCAAGAGCCACGUCCUGGGGGAAAGUGCCCACCGCCUGCAAGUCAGCCUGGAGGAGAGCCGGCGCCUGCUGCGCCUGACCGAGCAGGAGCUCAACUCCACCAAGCAGGAGCUCCACUCCACCAAGCAGGAGCUCAAUUCCACCACGGUGGCCCUUUGGCAGAGCCGGGCGGCCGAGAACCAGACCCGGCGGCAGCUGCAGCGCCAGGAGCUCCAAGCCAACUACAGCCUGGCUCUUCUGCGGAGGGAGCAGGCGAGCCUGGAGACCAACCUCAGCCAGGCCACCUCCUGCCCGCAGAUUGGUAGGUCUGGGUUCCCCUCUCCCGGCCUCUUCCAGGGGAACAGUAUCGGUUCCUCCGGCUGGAGCAGGGAAAGCCGAGCGCGACCAGCUGCUUCCUCUUAUAAGCCGUCGCAAACUCCGCCGCCGCCUCCUCCUCCCCCCGGGACUCCCCAGAGAUGCCGCGUGUUCCCGGUGCUUCGCUGGCAGCUCCGAGCAGGGGGGCGGACUGGGGCGGGUCCCGGAGCCGCGCCGACCCUUCCCCAGCCCCCUCCCGCUCGGCGGCCGCUCGCCCAGUCCAGCCGGCUUCCCCUCCGAGCCUUCCCUCCAGGGUGCUGCCCCCGCGGGUGGACGCCGUUCCGCUGGAAGUGCCUGCGGGCGUCGAGCGAGGAGAAGACGUGGGCGCAGAGUCGAUGGGACUGCAAAGCUGCUUCCUCUCAGCUGCUGAUCCUGAGGAAACCCUGGGAUGCUCCCGAGGUCUGGCCCUCUGCGAGCCCCGAGCGUUCAAACCAUUACUGGGUUGGCCUAAAAAAAUCAAGGAGCAGCUUCUUCUGGGUUGAUCGCAGCCCUGGCUUUGGGACUUCGGUGCGAUCCUCCGUUUUCUGUUGGCGAGUACAGGUAGCAAAACCCACCUCUCGUGUAAUCCUCCAUUAUGACCCGGCUCCUCCCAAAGAGGGUGCCAUGGGGCCAAUCAAACCAGCAGGUUUUAGCCUGGGCUGGUGGUGCGACUGUUUCUAUGAGAAUGUGCUUCGUGCAGCGCAGCCCUCAAAGGCCGCCCUCGGUACCAGCGCUGAGUCGUAUUAUAAGGAAGGCUGCGUGGAACUGCACGAGGGCGUUUCGAACUGGCGUCCCUGUUCCGAGAAGAAGAAGUUUAUCUGCGAGAUCGUGGCCAUGAAAGGCACAGAGUCGUAUUAUAAGGAAGGCUGCGUGGAACUGCACGAGGGCGUUUCGAACUGGCGUCCCUGUUCCGAGAAGAAGAAGUUUAUCUGCGAGAUCGUGGCCAUGAAAGGCACAGGGUGAAGUCGGCUUUUUCCCUCCUGCGGCUGCCUCGCUCU